UAAUCUGGAAACUUUAGACAAGCUUCUCUUAUAACCCUGUUGGUAGUCAUUCCCAAUUUCGUUUUUGAGGUCGCGACUUCGAAUCUCCGAUUUUCAUUUUCUACCAAAAUUUUUUUCAAUUUUUCUUCUUGUGAUCUUUUGGUCGCCAUGGAUAAGGAUCCAAACGAGACUCCACGACCUCCCCGGAAGGUGAAGUACACUCCAAAGAAGCUCAAACCUCGAGAAACCAAAAUCCAAUCGCGUUGUGGAGCAGAUGAACAAAAUAGUGUUGAAACUCAAGCUCGCGUGCAUCGUUUGAAUUUGGAGGCGCCUGUUGCAAGACGCGAGACUAAAGUUGAAAAGCAAUCCAGUUUGCAAGUUGCAUUUGGCCCUAAAGGUUCAUCGUCACCUUCCCUUAAAACAUUUAGCAGUGGUAAUAGUAAAACCAGUGGCUCAAAAUCUAAAAUUUCUGCUAAUGAGAAAAAUGGUUCAACACAUUAUUCAACUGCUAUUGUGGAUCAGAGUAAUACUUGUGUGAUAGAUGUUGCUGAUGAUGAUACCACUGAUUCAUCGGAUGGGAAAAUAAAAAAAGACUACAAGGAUCCGUGGGAUCUUAACUCAAACUAUCCUAUUACUCUUCCUCUGAGGAAGCCCUACUCUGGAGAUCCAGAAAUUCUUAAUGAGAUAGAAUUUGGGGAGGCUGCUACUAACGUGGAAUAUGAUGAUAAAACUCUUGACUCCGCCAAAGAAUUGGGGCUCUUGCAGGACAGCAAUGAGCAACAUAGAAUGCUUUUUUUUAAGCUUCCUGUUGUUCUGCCUUUCAUCAAGGGGGAGGAGAAAAGUGGUACCUCAAAAGUAGCAGCAAACACCAAAAAGGGAACUAACUUGUUGGAGCUUCCGGGUGGAUAUAUGGGAAAAAUGCUGGUAUACAAAAGUGGAGCAGUCAAAAUAAAACUAGGAGAAACCUUGUUUGAUGUGUCUCCAGGUACAAAAUCUAUAUGUGCCCAAGAUGUUAUUGCAAUGAACACUGCACAGAAACACUGCUGCAAUCUUGGGACAGUUGACGCAAAGGUUGUUGUAACUCCUGAUUUUGGUUCCAUUGAACUGGAGGAUAGAUAGAACAUGUACCUGGCUGAGUGGCUUAUGUGAAUAGGGAUGCAUAUUUUGUGAAUACAUGUGACUACAGAUACACUGAUGAUUAGAAGUGCAAAAUAGGUAGUAAAAUUAGUAUGGCAUUGGUGGAAUAUCAAGUGGAAAAACGAAUUUAUGUUUUUGCCUGUAGGAAUUGUUAGCUUCCUGUAUGUUGAAUUAAUAUAUCAUUCACAAAUGUGGAUAUAUUUCAUUUGCUAUGAUGCUUCUGGUCCUUGAAUUGUAUGCAUUUGCAGAUGCUGAUGAUUUCUCUGCAAUAGAAACUCUCAAAAUCUCUACCCUCCAA